UUACAGAAUGGAUGAAUUGCACGACGUAAAUAGCACUUGCGAAUGAACGUGGAGAAAAAAAGAAGCAACAAGCGUAAUCAAAGACUUUACGCAAUAAUGUCUAUUUAUAAGUUAGGAUAAUUAUAGGGAGUCACAUUCUACUCGAAAAGUUACGAAAGUAUAAGCCAAAAAUUGCAGUAUUUAACGGCAAACUCAUAUACGAAGUGUUUUCGGGAAAGAAGGAGUUCGGCUUUGGAAGACAGCCUAACCUCGUUGACGGAACCAACACGUAUAUGUGGGUUAUGCCCUCGAGCAGCGCGAGGUGUGCUCAACUACCGCGUGCUGCUGACAAGGUGCCAUAUUACGCCGCAUUGAAGAAAUUCCGCGACUACCUGAACGGUACAAUCUCGCAUUUGGACGAAUCGGAUAUCGUAUUUGCUGAUUCGAAGCUCAAGAAAAAAGAACAGGAGGCAAUCGAGGACAAGAAGCCGAUUUUUGCUGACGAUUUGCCCGACGGUGAGAGCCGAAUCACGGAGAUCAACGGUAUGGGAAUAAAGCAGGAAUCAGGCAUGAUACCUGGCAAGAAGAAACGUGGUAGACCAAAAAAGAUCAAGAACCCAGAGGAUCAACCGCCACCAGAUCCUGAAAAAUUGGAUGCGAAUGGCGAGGUUAUCAAAAAGCGACGCGGUCGCCCGAAGAAGAUACAUCAACAGCAAAAACAGUUGGAACGGGAGAAUCGCGAGAGAGAACAACAACAGCAGCAACAACAGCACCAAGCGAUGGGCCAUCUAAAUGAUUAUGGUAACGUGUCGAAUUGCUUUUCACCACCGCUAAUGUCACCUCCGAAAGCGUUUCCGCAUAUGGCGCCGUAUCCGCAGCCACCGAUGAACGAUGGCUUCUUUGGCCAAGGCAUGAAUGAUAAUAGUCCAUACAAUAUGAGCGCGAAGCAAAGUCCAGUGCAUUUGCAGCACUAUAGCCAGAGCCCCAAGUCCAUGUCGUUGUCGUUCACGCAUUCGGACUUGUCGUCAGAGAUUAACACCGCGAUUUCAUCGGAGAACAAUCUCGAGCCAUCACCCUUGACGUCGCCCAGCGUCGAGCAUCCGGACUUUGAGCCACCCACCAGCAUGUCGCAACAAAAUAUGGGUAACGACCACCGUCAGUACAAUCCGGCCGGAGGGCCCGAUCCGACGGGUCACCAUGGCAGUCCCGGCACACCGUCCCACAACAGCUAUGCUAACUACAUGAGUUAUCACGAACAGACGCCAGACGCUCAUAAUCCGCAUCCACAUCAGACAACGCCGACACCUCUUAGCCAGACCGCUGAGGAGCACUCCCAUCACUCGCAUCCAACGCCGCCGCAUCAUCCGCAUACGCCCACUCACACGUCCAUGUCACCGCACCAUCCGCACGAGCAAUACGGCAUCAAGAGGAAUUCCGGCCAGGACGUGGCGUCUAAGAGCCUGAGCGACUUAGAAUCCCUCGUAGACCAGAUCCCGAGCAUAGCUGAUGGCGGCAGUCAACGUUUGCAGCAUUCGCAUCCGGGUAUGCCGGGCGAUGAUAGUCUAGCGGAGAAAAUGGACGCUCAUCAUCAAUCCUAUAUGUCGGGUUUUGGUGGCAUGCCGGCAGGACCAACCGGGAUGACCAAUUACAGUCCACCCUUGCCACCGGGUGGCGGAAUCUAUCCCUCCUCGCUGCAUCAUUCUCCUACUGAUGCGGGUUACGGAGGUAUAUAUGGCAUGAACGGCCGUCAUCAUCAGGACUCUCAACAGCAACAGCAGCAACAACAACAACAUCAACAGCAGCAGCAACAGCAACAGCAGCAACAACAUAGCAAAUCUUAUACAGUAGAGAAUCUCGCCUCUAGCAACUACACACCUAGCAUGAAUCAUAGUCAUCCUGGUAAUUCGUAUCCUAACAUCAUCCCCGGACACUACCCUGUACCGAUGGGCUCGACCAAUGGCUAUCUGUUCGGCGGCAUCGAUGCCGCGUCCAGUCUGAUGCAGCGUACCUACGGAAUCGGUGGGAUGAGCAGUAUGGGCGGCAUGCACCCAUCCGCUGCUCUUGGUCACCCGAUAACAGCCAACCCAUAUCCGUACAAUGGCUCUUACUCGAGCUCGUUCGAUGCUUACCCGGCGCCACCGACGGGCAUACACGCGCCCAGCGCCAAUUAUCCCGGCUACGUCGGCACGGCUGGCGCGGCGCCCAGCACCACCACCACGCCGCCGUCCUACCUCGCACCGUCGCACCACAGACCGCCGGUCGACCUCUCUUACGACGGUGUAUGAUAAUCGAUGUGAGACGCCGUUGUUCAUCACCGUCAACCCACCACCAGGCCCCAAUAAUCCUCUCUCUUUCUGUCUCCCAUCCCGUCUCCUCCUCUCCUCCGCCUGCCGAUCGCCUCCUGUGCGCGUACGCGAGCGACGCACGUAUCCGCCACGUUUAUCUUUUCUACGUAUUUUUACACACACGUCUUUAAGACACGGCUCUCAACGUGUCGGGGUCGCGCGUCGUCCCCCUGCAUCAUCCUCGUUCCAUCGCCCUCGUCAGUUUUCCUUUUUAAGGUUCUACUUCUUCGCGAAUCAUCCCACGAGUCGCUACUUGCAAUCCGCGCGCGAUCUUUCGCCGAUCUAUCUGUCGCGCAGUUUUCUCUUUCCUCCCUCUCUCUUUUGCUCUUUCCGACUCUACGUACUAAACACCCCAGAAUUGGCAGAAAACGAACACGUACAAUUAUGCUCUCAUCGAAGACAUCGAGACUUUGAUAGCAAUAAUGAACUCUUAUCCGAAUUAUUAUCAAGUAAAUUAGUACGUAUUUUAUUUAAGAUUGACAUUACUUUAAGAAUCUGAAGCCCGAUUAAUUGAAAUUAAGAUUUGAAAAAAUUAUGUGGGACAAAAAUGCCUCCGAGGCCACAUAUACGCCACAUUGUAUCUAUAUGGCGUCAAUUUUGGGGCACUGUACGCAGCUGUCAGUUUUUACCCGUUUGUAAUGCGCUCUUUCUGCAUCCUGCUUCUACUUCGUCGCUACGCUUCUCUCACUAUUUUUUUUCUUUUUUUUCUUAUCACGCUCUCGAUACGUGAUUACGCCGUGAAUAAUUACGGGUGCGCGGCUCGGGAAUGGGAAAGCCGCUCGUGAAAUGCAACUACAGCACACGCAACGAAUGAGAAACGUAAGCCUCGGGUAGAUCAGGUUCGCCGAUCGCGUUCUGUACCGAUCCGAUCGCUAAAAUACACUUACACGGACAUGCAUGCCGAUAACCGAUGCAGAUAAAUGACGACCUUAAUGUCAAAUAGAUCGCGAUUAUGAAUUCGGCCGACGUAGCUGAGAUUGGCAUGUAAGCAUGUAAUUGUGUUGUCCUUUUUUUCCUAUAUCGAUCAACAGAUAUUGAUCACCACACCGAUUGCUGCAAGCACAUCUAGCUUUACUUACUUACGCCUAUCAAAAGCGAAUUUCCACAUUUUCGCGUCUCGAAGGGCAUUCAAGAUUGCAAAUGGUAUAGGGAGCGUACAUGUAUCCUGUACUAAUUUGCAAUUAUAAAUUGUUAUCUUCGAAAGUCAAUAAAAAAGCAACGCGUCGACAUCGCCUUACGUCGCGAUGCAUUCAUGGAGUAAAACACGAAGUCCGGAAAAUUAAAUCGGGUAUUGAAACCAGUGUAAUUUCGAUGAGUUCAAGUUCCAGUUGGAGAAAUUAAUGGCUGUAUUUCAUUAUUUUAUUAAAUUUAUCUAUAUAUCAUUGAUUGAUGAGCAUUAGUAUAUGCAAUAUCAUAAUGCAAUAUAAAUUAAGUCUCUAUAACUUUUUUAUUGUUGAUUAAUUGUUGAUGUUAUAAGUUGCUGAAAUUAUUAGAGUAUUAUUAUUUUAUGAAACAAUAAUUUAUAAAAGAUAUAUUAAUACUAUUAUUUAUUGAUAAUGAGAGUGCAAUGAAUUAUAUAAAGUAUAUUUUCAAUCGGAAAUUGAAUUGAUCGAGAUGUACAUUGGUUUCGUCUCGAUAGAAAAUAAGCUAUAAUUGAAAUAUUGACAUUUUUUUACUCAUCGUGUUUGUGUAUUGCAUUGCGACUUAUACUAUUGUUAGGCUGUUGUAUUGUUGUUAUUAUUGUAUUUAAUUAAUUAAUUCUUAUUGAACGCUUGAAAUAACGACAUGUAUUCAUGUCAUCGGAAUAAUCUUAAUAUCGUCUAAGAAACCGAUUCGCUUUUCUUUAUGUGAUGAUGCACGUAAUAUUAUUUCUUAGAACAAUGAUUUAUAUAUCUUUUUUUUAAUUAUUCAAAUUUUGACGCAGGAAUUACCGAAGAAUUCAUUAUGCAUUUCCUCAAAACAAAGGUUAAGGGAUUUAUCUUUUAUAAAUUUAAUUUAAAAAAAAAUCACAUAAGAAAAAGCAAAAAAAAAAUUCAAUUUUUUUAACCUAAUUAUUUAAAGUCGCGGAUCUUGUAACGUUGACUAUGAUUUCUAGCGUUAACUUUAUCUUUCAGAAAUUCCAUUUAGUAAAUGUCUAUGUUUCUUUGUUCACAUUAUUAAGGAUGUCUACUCUUAUUAAGAAUUAAAGCAAACUUAAAUUUAAUGAUGUCAAAAGAAAAUAUUCACGGAUACUAUAAUAUAUGACUGAAUACAUUAUGCAAUAAUUGAAUUAGAUCAUUACCGGCAUGAUGGUACAGCAUCAACGUUGAGCAAUCAUUCUCAUUUCGACCGAGCUGAGCUUAUUAGCGGAAUUUGAAAGUUUCACGUACGCCAAGAAUUUUAUAACUUUCGCUCGGUUGUUUCAUAAUGAGAUAUUACUCAUUGCGAAUUAGUUACUUAUUAUUAGUAUAAUAAGCGUAAAAAUAAUAGAAAGUACACGACAAAUUGUGAACCCAUCGGAAUGACGAAAACCAGAUUAUAACAUUACGUUUUUACAUAUCUUCUGACGUUUAUAAGUCCGUGUUUGUCAUUAUAUCGGUGACAUAGAUCAAGAACACGAUCAUCGAUUAAUCGACUAAAGUACCUUUGCGGUCGGAGCAUCAUCGGUUUUGAAGACGCGAAUCUGCAAUUUGCAUCAACUCGCAUGACCGGAUGUUUUUUUCGUUCGAAUAAAAGAUACGCUACUGUUUA